AAUAAGCCGUGCUUUUUCAAUUUUGCAUUCGCUGUGUUAUCGUAUAUCGCUUUGUCGCGUCGCGAACUCAUUCAUACCAAAGUCCAGUUCGCGAAUAUUUGAUUAAUACGCAAAUUCCUUUACAUGGCACUUGCGCCAAUUACAGUUGAUGCAGAGGAAUGCCGCGAGGCUAAGCAUUUCCUCCGCCACUGAGUCAGUUCCAGCUUGGCUUUUGUACUAAUCAAUCAGUACAAUUUUAAAUAAAAUGUUUUAAUUAGAAGGGAUAUUUGUGUGUAAGUUAUUUGAGCCCCUACAGCUUUCCGAUUCCGAUUCCGGUUGAAUAAAUACUUUCCUCUUGCAAUUUCUGAUGUUGCACGAUGUGAAUUAAGUGGAAUUAAGUUGUAUCUGUUUGUAUCAAAAUCCAAUUUAGAGGAGCAAUAAUAUUUCGAUUAGUAAGUGAAUUCUUUUAUAUGGCACAUGCCUCCGAAGCGGAGAGACGUUCUCUCGAUUGAUAGGAAGCGGGUUUCUCAAUAAUUGAACCCCAGUUUCGCUGUCAAAUGUAGAUACAAUCUCCACCAUAGUGCUAUCGCCAGAGGAUUAACCCAGAAAAUCUUACUGGAAUGAUAUUGUCUGAUCCCCAGAUUACCAGCAGUUGACUCUGAACCAUGCUACUGAAGACGUUCACCCGUGCCUCUGGGAGGUUCUACUCCACCCUCCCUCACUCCAACUACCAAUUCCUCCAACGCAGCUCUGUUCCGAUGCUCCACUUCCAGGCAUCUCUGCCUCGACUACCCAUUCCUGAGCUCUCAGCCACCUGCACACGCUAUCUCGAAGCCCAGCAAACUCUCCUGACGCCCGAAGCCCAUGCAACUACAACGAAACUCGCGCAGGAUUUCCAGAAUGGACCUGGGAAGGAGCUUCAAGUACGCCUGAAAGCUGUUGACAGUGCCAAUAAGCACACUAGCUACAUCUCUGAACCCUGGUUUGAGAUGUACCUCAGUGAUAGGGCUCCACUGCCUGUCAACUAUACUCCUCUACUUGGGAUGAAAUUAAUUCCAGCUGCAGGGGCUUCUGUGGCCACUCAGGUAGCCAAUAUCCUUAUCACUAGCGCCAGAUUUAUGAGAGCCCUCCGUGCACAGUCUUUGGCUCCAGAAGUCUUUCACCUUAAUCCCCAAACAGCUGAUUCAGCACUCUGGAAGACUGCUGUGAAGCUUUCUCCUCAGAUUGGAGCCACCUAUGUUUCCUAUGCCUUCAAAGCCUUUCCGCUGGAUAUGUCACAGUACCAGGGACUUUUCUCUGCUACCAGGAUUCCCCAAGAAGGCAAAGACAAGAUCUUCAGGGCUUCUAGUGAUCCCCAACAUGUUGUGAUAAUGCGAAGGGGCAACAUCUAUCGACUGGAUAUCCUCGAUAGAGAUGGCAAUAUCGAGUCUCCUAGUGUUAUUCUUGGGCGUGUCCGGCGUCUCAUGGCCACGUCAGAAGCCCAUGAUUCACCUCAGCAUCCUCUGGGUAUCAUGACGACGCAGAAUCGGAACCAGUGGGCUGAAUUCCGACAGCACCUCGAAGGCCUUUCUGAGAGAAAUCGUAGGAAUCUGCAGCUGUUAGAUUCAGGAAUCCUAUGCGUGUGCCUCGAUGAUAUCAGCUACAGUCCGGAGGAUGUUACUUGCCGUGUCAGGGACUAUCUGUUCAGCAAUGCCAGCAAUAGAUGGUUUGACAAGUCACUCUCGGUUACUGUGAGUAAGGACACCAGGGCAGCCAUAACUUUUGAACACUCUUGGGGGGAUGGUGUUGCUGUCCUGCGGUACUUCAAUGAACUGUACAAAGAACUGUCCACACAGCCAAUAGUUACGGAUGAUAUGGAAGGUUCUGCAAAUGAUGAAGGAGCAACAGAGCUACUAUCUUUCGACUAUGAUGACAAACUUAAAGCGGGGAUUGAGACGGCUCUGAAGAACCAUUCAGAGGUUGAAAAUAGCCUAGAUGUCAACUACAUGAUGUCAGAUGUUGGGAAAAAACACUGUAAGGCUGUCCAAGUGAGUCCCGACGCUGUGGCUCAAUUGACCAUUCAAUUGGCGUAUGCACUUAUUUCUGGAGGCGGCACUACUGCCACCUAUGAGUCUUGCAGCACAGCAGCCUUUCGAUGUGGCCGUACAGAGACAGUUAGGCCAGCUACAAUGGCUACCAGAGCCCUUUGUCAGCAUUUGCUGGCAUCCAAGGGCCAUGCAGGACCUGAGGAAUUGGCACUACUGCGCCAGUGUUCAGACAAGCAUACCAAACUCACCAAAGAAGCCGCUAUGGGUCAAGGUUUCGAUAGGCAUCUCUUUGUACUUCGCUAUCUGGCUGCGAAAGACGGAUUGAUCCCUGAAUUCUACAAGGAUACUGCUUAUGGUGCAAUUAAUCACAAUAUCCUGUCAACUAGCACUCUGUCAUCGCCAGCUCUUGAAAUCGGAGGAUUUGGGCCAGUGGUUCCAGAUGGCUAUGGAAUCGGCUAUAAAAUUGACAACGAUAUGCUGGGCGCCAUGGUCACAACUUAUCGAUCGAAGCGCAAUGGCGUUGAAUUCGUGCAAGCUCUCUCAGAUGCUGCUAAGCAAAUUCGUGAGAUCCUGCAUGUGCAGGACAAAAAGUAAACUUACUAAAUUUUCACGAGCACAACUUUUUUAAUCGGUGUUAAGACUGGACAUUUAGGCAAGAGCAAAAAGUGGAACUGAUGAGUGAAAAACAGACGAAUAGGACGUCAAUGCAUGGAAUGGUGGUGCUACCUAUAGGAAAAUAUUGGAACUAAAAAUAGCGGUUUACAGGAGUCAUUUUUUUUAUACAAUUGGGAUUACAAAUAAAUUUGUUAAA